UAAUAUAUACAGGGUGGGGCAUAAUGGAGUCCCUAGAUUUAAAAAUUCACUGAAGAGGCGCUAGACCAGGUAAAGAAGUGGGGCAGGUGCCGUUAGGUAGGGGAAACAACGCCAUUUUUAGUAGUCACCAUGAGGUGGUCGGGUGAGCAACGGGGCUUUGUUGUGGAGACCUUCUUUAAAAACAACGAAAGUGUGGUGGCGGCGCAGAGGGCCUUUCGCAGACGGUUUGGAUUAAAUCGUCACGACAGUGUUCCUGACCCUAAAACCAUUCGAAAAUGGAUCAGUUAUGUAAGGACGACGGGUUCUGCAAUUCCUAAAAAACCUACAGGGCGACCUAAAAGUGUAAGAACUCCCGAAACCAUCGAGGCAGUAAGACGGUCUAUCGAACAGUCUCCAACGCGUUCUGCGCGAAAACAUGCCUCUGCCCUUAGAAUAUCGUCGAGAACAGUAAGGCGAAUUUUACACACAGACCUUAAAUUACACCCCUACAAGCUUAUGGUUGCUCAGGAAUUAAGCCCACAAGAUUGCGUACAGCGUAGAGAUGCUUGCAAUGCAAUCCUAACAGCCCUACCUCCUGGCGCUAUUGUGUGGACUAGCGACGAGGCGCAUUUUCAUCUUUGCGGCACAGUAAACAAGCAAAAUUUUCAAAGCUGAGGUUUACAAAUUUCGACCUCGGACCCUGGAAACCCUAAAGGAGGUAAUUGAGAAUGUAAUCUCCGAAAUUCCACAAAAUAUGCUGGCGAAAGUGGCCGAAAACUUUGUCGAACGGCUUAAUAUGUGUAUCGCCCGUGAAGGUCGCCACUUGGACGAUAUAAUUUUUAAAACUUAAAUAAAAAAAAUGGCAUGAAUUGUACUUUUUGAAAAUAAAACCCUUUUUCUUUUAACUUGAACCGUUUUUUCAUAAUUCACCCGUCAUAUCGGGGAGUCCAUUAU